CCCAUUUGCUUGCCGUACUUUCACAUGACCACUGCUUGUGACUACUUGCAUUCUUGUAGCUUUCGCCCUGAAAACUUGCUCCAGUCUCACGAUGGAUUACCAAAGAAGAAUAGGAUAACUAAUGCAUUUAUUACAUAUAUAACUUAGCCGUACUGAGUUGAUUGGCAUGUAUUCGUGGAUAUAAGUGUUACUUUGCCCAUGUUUCAUGGUUGUAGGGGUAAUCGUGAUGCGUUAAUAGUCAUUUGACUCAUCGUUUCAAUGGCAAACUGAGUGGCAGUAAAGUUAGGGGAAAACAUUGUUCCAAAAAGCUUUUUCCUCCGUGAUGGCUGAACUGAUGGCCAACUCAGGAAGGUGCACUUAUUUUUUCCUCUACGAUGGAACCAAGGUCCAAGGAGAGGGAGACCCUACGAGGGAAGGCAUCUGCUACUUCUACCCAGAGCAGACUCCCGUGGACCAGCAAGAGCUGCUGUGCGGCCAGCUGGCCGGGGUGGGCCGCUGUGUGUCCGAGCUCUCCUCCUCGCCUGUCCGGGUGCUCCGGCUGCGCCACAGCAAGUUUGCCAUUAAAAUGGAAGAUGACUUUUUUUGGGCUCUCGGUUGCGCCAUGGACUUCCCAACAGUGAGUAUGUGUGACCGUCUGGACCAGCUGAUCAAACUGUUUUGUUUUUACAACGGCCCCGUCCGCCAAAGCUACCAGACGAACAGCAGGGAGACGCUGGCUCUGUGCUGGUCCCGGUACCUCUUCUACCUACAAGCCGGAGCCACGGAGCUGCAUCACAUCUUCAGCUGCUUGCGGACCAUCGACUCAACCCACAUUGACCCUCUUCUGCUACUGAAAGCUGCCCUCAUACUGCAAGCUUGCCAACGCUGCCCUCUAGUGUUAGCAGGCUGUAUUUUAUUCCGUGGAAGGGUGGUGAGCACUCAGAUGCCUCCAUGUCUUACAGUGAGGGUGAUGGCCCACGAGACUCAAACCUACAAUAAGGAUGAGAGACUAAACGGGAUGAGUUCCAGUUUUCCUCUCUCCAGCGCUGUGACUUCCACUACCGUGCAUCUAACCCUGUCGGAACUUCAAGACCUGCGCUCCACUACUGUGGACAGAGAAUCCAGACCCCACUCCACUCCCAGCCAGGGCAGCCGGCCACGGAGGACCCGUCUGUCCAGAACGUUAUCAGACACGCCGUCGACGGAGUCAACCCCCGACCUGGAGCCGGAGCCCCCCGGCAGGCCCAUGAGGCUGGACGCCCCCCUCUCCCCGGGGCUGAGCCGGGGGGCCGAGCAGAGGGACGCUACGCCGACCAACGACCCCCUGCUGUCCCCAGCCUCGCCCCGGUUCCCGGAGAUCUCUCCUCUCACAAACCAAAAGGGGCCUCGGAGAGGGGGCCAGGAAGAGGAGGAUGAGGAAGACGGCCCGCUGGAAAAGUCGCGCUACUACAGCUUUCACAGCCCGGACGGAAACACCAGCCAGACGGAAUUCCAGGGAGAGGCCCCGCCGCCCACCGACGCCUCCCCUCUCGGGAACCCCCCGCCGGCAGGCCGCCGGGCCCCGGAGCGGGAGGGGUAUCCAGAAGGCCGGGCAGCAUCCGGAGGCAGCGGGGGCGACAUUCUUCCCGGAGCAGGGGUCAAGGACAGAACGGUGGUCCCCAUGACGCUGUACCAGCACAGGGUGAAGGGCCUUUUACUGGCCCUACUGGUGGAGCCCCACCUCCAGAGAGACACGGAGGCCAUGGAGGAAGUGUAUCACAGCAGCCUGGCGUCCCUAAACGGACUGGAGGCCCACCUGAGGACGGUGGCCCCGGGGGCCCCCGGACUUCAGGGGCCCUACACCUUUGCUCAUUAUGACUGCGUUCAGAACACCCUGACAACCAACGUGUCUGGUCGAGCAGGGGGAGACCAGGACCACUCCUUUGUCCGCGCCACAUCGCUGCUACACACGCAUUUCUGUAACAGUGACGCUCUGCAGGAGGCUAUUAUCAGGUCAGCAAGGCACAGGAGCGCCCGGACGGCGGUGUACGCCACCCGCAGCGUGGCCCAGGAGACCUACUUCCUGCAGCACGGCGGGGCGCUGCGCAACUCGGGGGUCCCCAACCACCAGGACACGGCCUUCACCCUGCCCAGCAAGGCCCGCCACAGGCUGCUCAAACACGGGGUCAGCCUCCUCUGACCCGGGGCGGGGGAGGGGGGCCGACCCCCACCCACCCCGACGCUCUGAUCACAGUGUUAAGCGGGAGGUGAAAGCUGGUGCUUGAACCUCUGCAGGAGUCCCAAGGGUCUUUUGUAGCUUCCGCUAAUCUCUGCUGGGAAGGAUUUGACUAACUAAUUCUGGAUGAAAGCCUGCUUUGACAUUUUGAGGACAGAGUGUGUAAAAGUUAACAUUUGUCAACCAAAAAAAAUCACGUUUCAGUUCAGGCCGUGUGUUGAAUGUAAAUCUUAUACUUUUCUUUUUGUGUUUUAUUGAAGCAUAAUAGCCUAAUUAUGUUCCAAUCUGCCUAAUUAAUUGAGUCUUCUAUAAAAUCCCAACAGUAUUGCAUAAAUACAACGCAGUGUUUUCAAUGCAUUUUGCUAAUUAACAUGCAUUUUUUUAAUGACAAUAACCCAGAAGAGAGUUUAAAUAGUAUUUAUUAAUGUAAAUGAAGUGUUAAGCUUAAACAACCAUAGGACAAUGUCAUUGUGUGUCGUUCAUAAAUAGUUUAAAGGCUUUGCGAAAAGAACAGGUUUACUUUUUCGAUUCACGCCUUUAUUCGAAACCGAACGUCGAUAAAUAAAUUAAAUACAUAAAUAA